AUGUCGACAUUGGAAAACUGCACGGAUGCGUUGCUGCAGCAGAAGGUGGUGCAGGCCAGCAACUAUGAACGACUGGAAUCCCGACUGAUGGAAAUGGAGCGUGCGAAGCGAUCUCUUUUUUUUGGCUUGAAGGAAAUUAUCACAGAUGUGGAGCGCCGUCGAAAGGAUUUGGGAGAAUUACAGGAGGAGAGUACGCGGCUGCAGCACCAGUUACAACAGGGCUCAGUGAAAUUCAGCGCACUUGCAGCGUUUAUGGGCGAGGAACAGAAAAAGUCCAUGCGCCUGCAAGAGGCGUUGGAGAGCUAUGCCACCGCAUGGACAGGAUGCCCAGCACGUGCGGCCUUUCUUCUUCGAGCGCUACAAGAGCGUAGCGCUUUUUGUCGUCAAUUGGCAGAUGUUGUCACAGCAUUGAAUCGUGUACGGGCCCUCGUGGAAGUGGUACAACGCGUUGACGUCGCGAAAAGUCUCCUACAAGAGCGGUUGGACCGUCUCGAGUCCGAAGCGGGGCGGCUGGAGGCUGCGCUGCGGGAGAGUCACAAGAAGCAGGAAAAUUUGCAGGAGGAUCUGCGGGGGCGCAACAAUGUCGCACAGACUGACGCCAUGCGGGCAUGGCGGGAUUCCCAGGAAAAGGGACGCCAGCUGUUGACACUUGAAGUGGCGUUGCAAGGGGCACAUCUACGCUCCUCUGCGGAAGAGGGACUGAACGCCGUGUACAGAAUGGCGUUACAGGCGGCAUUAUCCAUUGCCGAUGCGUGCUGCGACAGGCGGGAUCAGAUGGCGGUUGUUUCAAAGUUCAAAGAACUUCUCUGCACCUUGGGGCGGGACAAGAUAACCGCUGUGGAGACGCGAACCCGCAUUCUGACAGAUGUCUUGAAGAAACGUUUGGCGGAUCUGAACGCGCAGAGAGAGUGUGUCGUGCUGCAGCGUGAGCGGGCGCUGCAUGAGACAAUAUUGUUACGCGACAGGCAGGAGACGAUGCGCGGGACGGCGAUCACCGUGGAGCACCGCAUGGAAUUUCUCCAGCUUAUGCACUUGGCCCUUCAGGUGUUUUUCCGGAGGCAGCGUGCACGUCUUUUUCAAAUGCACCGCGAACGGGCUGAAAGAGAAGCAGCUCUCGUGUCUGCAAGAGCAGCACAUGAGGCAUUCGUGUUGGCCCGGCGGUUUCGGUCCUUGCAACAAGAAGCGCGCGAGGGGUUUGUGGCAGAGGAGUCACUCGUUCGGGGAACUGUUGAGGGAAAUGAGAUGGACGAACGACGUGGGAUUCAUGAGCAGGCAACGCAGUCGUUUUUAAUGACAUGCACGAAUGAAAAAGCGAGGAAGGAGGAGAUGGAAAUGAAAGCAGCUGUGGCAGCCGCGUCUUUGCCAAAAUCACCACCAAAAAUACUACAGCGGAGGACUGCAGUGACGAAGGAUACGGAUGACAUGUGUCUGCACUCUCUUAGUCAGAUCACUCCAAAGAAAACGACGAAUACACGACGAAGCCGUGCUGCCAAUGCUGUGCCGCACACGGAUAAGAAGCGUCCACGCAGCCACGCCGUUUUAUCGGCUGCCACUGUCGCUCGUCGGACGUACCCGGCCUCCACACAACAACAAGAAGAUGAGGCGAACGAUGCGGCGUCGGAUUCUUCCUUGAAUUCGCUGGGCGAGUUCUUGACUCUUGGCACUCGUGUGCCACUCAGCGCGCUGAAGUCCACCGCACGUCGUGCCCCGCUGCAGCCGCUCCCAACGAAUGUUCUCGCUGGCGGUGGAAGUGGCAGGAAGAAAGACGGCUCAAAAAAAUGCCUGACGGAUGCGGCAGCGCGGCGUGUUCAUUACAAUUCUCCCCUCCCACGGCCACCUGGUAGCGGCAAUGCUUUGUGCGCUCUCAGCAGCGCACUAAGCUCCGCGUUUGCACGCACAGGGGAUGCUGCGGGAACAAAUACUCCAAAAAGUAAAAACCGUCUCGAGGCAGGGAAGCCCCGUCCAUCCAUUCUCGUUUCAAAGGAUGCAUGGGGUGAAGGGAAGGCAGAUGACGUCUUUGCCGAUGUCUUUUCAUUUUAG